UCCGCCUUCACACACAUCCUCCUGCCGACACUUCUGGUUUCCCCAUCGGUCGAAAAGCUCUGUAAGGGUACGGACACAAGCUAUGGCUGGACGGUUACCGGCGUGUGUUGUGGACUGCGGAACCGGAUAUACAAAACUUGGUUAUGCAGGAAACACAGAGCCUCAGUUCAUCGUCCCAUCAUGUAUCGCUAUCAAAGAGUCGGCCAAAGUCGGAGACCAGGCGCAAAGGAGGAUGAUGAAGGGUGUGGAUGAUCUGGACUUCUUCAUUGGUGAUGAGGCAAUAGACAAGCCCACCUAUGCCACGAAGUGGCCCAUUCGCCAUGGCAUUGUGGAGGACUGGGACUUAAUGGAGCGCUUCAUGGAGCAGGUCAUCUUUAAGUACCUGAGGGCUGAACCAGAAGACCACUAUUUCCUGUUGACAGAGCCUCCUCUGAACACACCUGAGAACCGAGAGUACACAGCAGAAAUCAUGUUUGAGUCAUUCAACGUGCCAGGGCUGUACAUCGCUGUGCAGGCUGUUCUUGCUCUGGCUGCGUCCUGGACGUCUCGGCAGGUUGGGGAGCGGACGCUCACGGGAACAGUCAUUGACAGUGGGGAUGGAGUGACCCACGUUAUCCCUGUGGCGGAAGGCUAUGUGAUUGGCAGUUGUAUAAAGCACAUCCCUAUUGCUGGGCGGGACAUCACUUACUUCACCCAGCAACUGCUGAGAGAGCGUGAGGUGGGCAUCCCUCCGGAACAGUCUCUGGAGACAGCCAAAGCGGUGAAGGAACGUUUCAGCUACGUUUGUCCUGACCUGGUCAAGGAAUUCAACAAGUACGAUACAGACGGCUCAAAGUGGAUCAAACAGUACACCGGCAUCAACUCCAUCAGUAAGAAAGAGUUCACCAUCGACGUCGGCUACGAACGCUUCCUUGGACCUGAGAUCUUCUUCCACCCUGAGUUUGCUAACCCAGACUUCACCCAGCCUAUCUCUGAGGUGGUGGAUGAAGUCAUUCAGAACUGCCCUAUCGAUGUGAGGCGUCCUCUGUAUAAGAACAUUGUACUGUCUGGUGGUUCCACCAUGUUCCGGGACUUCGGCAGACGUUUGCAGAGAGACCUGAAGAGAACCGUGGACGCACGUCUGAAACUCAGUGAGGAGUUAAGCGGCGGCAAACUGAAGCCCAAACCCAUCGAUGUUCAGGUCAUCACUCACCACAUGCAGAGAUAUGCCGUGUGGUUUGGCGGCUCCAUGCUGGCUUCCACCCCGGAGUUCUACCAGGUUUGCCACACCAAAAAGGACUAUGAGGAGAUUGGUCCCAGCAUCUGUCGUCACAACCCUGUCUUUGGCGUCAUGUCCUAGAAAUAUCUAGAAACAUUGUUGCACCUCAGAGCAGAAUGGAGGAAGGGCAUGAUCAAAGAUGAGCGUGGCUAAAAGAGAGCAAUUUUUUUCCUCUUUUUUUUUUUUUUUUCACUUAACCCAGGAUGAGCCGUCUGAAAUGUCAAAAGGACGCAAGUCUGUUUGAAACGAACGUAUGGGCAGUAAUGAGCAGUAAUUUUUCAUAAUUCACCCCCACCCUCCUUCCCCAAAUAUAAGGGAAACUGGAUUCUAGACUCAAGUAAUUUCAGACAUCUAUAUCAUAUCGACGUGAGCUUGUAAUAAUAAUUGCAUUGAUGACAAUAAUAAUAUUGAUUAUAAUAAUAAUCAUAAAAUCAAAAUUGGAUUUGUGUUCUUCAUGUUAGAGAGUUUGCCUCAAUCUCUUGAAUUAAAAUAUAUAGGAUACAAAUUUUGAUGCAUUUUGACCACAGAUAUUUUGUUUUGUUGUCUUACCUCUUUCUCUCUCUCUCUCUCUGUCUCUCUUUUCCUCUAUUUGUGUAUCAUGGCAAGAAUUUUUCCAUAUUUUUUUACAGUUUUUUUUUUAAUGCAUAAAGUGGGGUGAUGAGAGGAAUGAGCUCAAAUACAAAAUCAUAAUGACUUUUGAGCGGGUAAAACACUCUCUAUUUAGAAUUAAACACAUAUAUCUUCAGAAGAUAUGUUUUUAGAUAUCUUCUGGGACCCCCAACCUAUGUCAUUUUUUUUUUUUCCUUUUAUUGAAAUCCCUCUUGAAAGUUGAGACUUUACACAUCUUACUGCUUUCAUCUCAGACCAUAUGUAUCCUUUUUCCUUCAAUGUUGCAAGAAACUAAAAAUGUCAGCUAUAGGAUAAUGCCGAGCUUGAGCUGGAAUGGCUGUUGGACCAGUAUUGUUAGCCUAGAAGAUUUUUUUUAUUGUUGAACACCAAAAUGGAUUAAAAGAUGGGGAUUUGUAAAUGUAACAAUGUCUAGAAACAUUCCAAUAAAGGCUCAAAAUUGUUUCUACAAAA